AUGAGCAAAACACCCCGGUCUGCUAAGCUCAGACUGUACUACGAACUCGCUCGUUCCCUUUCGCUGCUCAUCGAUGACGUCUAUCUGGUCCGUCCCCAUCGCAUUAUGGGAGUCUGCACAAGUGGAGUUGCAUGGGAGCUACUCGGCUGCGCGUGUCUUGGAGUUGGCGAAAUACGAAAGCUCGACUUCUUGGGUUCACGUGCUGCUGGUGCUGCUGGGGACUCCUCUACCCUGUUUGGCCGUGACGGUGCUGAUCGACCUGCUGCCUAUGGAAGAGGUGUGGGCGCCAACAAACUGUUUUUCGUUCGCCAGUACUACAACUUUCUAGUGAUGACGUUCUUUGCCAUCCACCAGUUUCGCAUCGGCGUUCGUGCUCUUCCCUUCCCUAUUACAAGGACAAUUGGCAAUUCGAUUGUGUUUUCAGCCAUGACGGUGGCUAUUACUAUCCCCACUGUGGCUUUUGCUUACGUCGACGGCUAUGGCGUUUGA